GCGCCGAAUAGCUAGCAAAACGAAAACAUCAGAUGCUGCUGCCUCGUAUUACCUGAACGACUUUGGUGUGUGGUUAUAUGAGCAGUCCCAUGGCUGGCUCUGCAGCCUCCAGCUCCAAAGAUCGUCCAGUUUCCAGGACCAGUUUCAUUCCAGAGCUACAGAGCAUGAUGUUUGCUCUGGGAGAUGCUCGCAGACCUCUGCAUGAGACUGCAGCUCUGGUGGAGGAUAUUGUGCACACACAGCUCAUAACCAUGCUUCAUCAGGCCUGUGAAGGUGCUGCUCUUCGCGGCUCAAGGGUAAUUUCAGCAGAGGACAUCCUGUUCCUAAUGAGGAGGGACAAGAGAAAGGUUGCAAGAUUAUUGAAAUAUCUCCAGUUCAGAGAUUAUAAAUCUAAACUACUUAAAAGUGUGGAGGAAGAAGAUUUGCAGCAAGAAACAGGUGCUGGUGGAGGUAAUCAGCGGAGGCAGCGGUUAGCCCAGGAUUUUCUGGUGUGGAUGGACCAGACUGGUGACCUCCUGUCAUUGGCUGAGCGACAGGAGGUAGAUCCUGUCAAACAGGAGCGGAUGGAGCGUUUGGAGCGCCAGACUCGAUCCAUGGACCAGGCCCAGUAUGCUGAAUUCUGUGAGAGUCGACAGCUCAGCUUUGCAAAGAAAGCGUCAAAGUUUCGGGACUGGUUGGACUGCAGCACUUUAGAGCUAAAACCAAACAGCAUUGCCAUGGAGAUCCUGUCCUAUUUGGCCUAUGAGACAGUUGCCCAGAUUGUAGAUUUAUCUCUGUUGGUGAAGCAGGAAAUGACUGCAAAGACAAAUCCCAUCAGUCAUGUGAUCUCUGCCAGCUACAUCCACUACAACACUCACACUGAGGUAAAGAAGGAUCCAGACUCACCUGAAGCCACACCCCCUUCCACUCCAGGCUCCUCUCACUCAGCAAAGCCUCUCCCUCAGGGAAAUGGUAGUCUGGACAGCAGAGCGAGACAAAGGAAACGCAAAAAAAGCUGUCCAGCUACAGUGGAGCCUCCAAGUGGAGCCAUCCAGCCAUGUCACAUCAGAGAAGCUAUCAGAAGAUACAACUACAGACACACAAGUGCUUAUUUGAAAAGUGGGAUGGCUUUCCUCGCCUGCUGAAGAUGACAAAAAAUCCUUACGACCUUCACUGCUCAUUUUUACGUUCACUUUUCUAUUAAAGACUUUUCAGUUAUCA